AGAGUCGCGUAGUGACGUGUGGGGCUGUAUGGAGGAUGCCCCCAGAGUGGGAGUCAGGGAGCCACGAGUCCCCAGACGAUCCCCACAACUCCCACAACCCCCAGAACCUGGAACUCCUCUGUCACCUUGACAACAGCGCCCAUGGCAACGCCUCCAGUGUCCUGUGGGAGCCCAUGGGAGAUGGGACGCGUGUGAUCUCUCUGGCUGAUAACCACGCUCUGCUCUGGGACUUGACGGAGAGCUCUACCCAGGCCACGAUCUCCAGCAGUGCCACCCUAGAGGGUAAAGGUCAACUGAAAUUCACCUCUGGGAAGUGGAGUCCGCAUCACAACUGUACCCAGCUGGCCACAGCCAACGACACAGCCAUCAGAGGCUGGGACCUCCGCACCAUGAGUCAGAUCUACUGUAUAGAGAAUGCUCAUGGACAACUGGUUCGAGACCUUGACUUCAAUCCCAACAAACAGUACUACCUGGCCAGCUGUGGGGACGACUGCAAGGUCAAAUUUUGGGACGUGAGAAACGUCAACGAGCCAGUCAAGAGUCUGGAGGAGCACUCUCACUGGGUGUGGAGCGUUCGCUACAACCACUCUCAUGAUCAGCUGCUGCUGACCGGCAGCAGUGACAGCAGGGUGAUUCUGUCCAACAUGGUGUCCAUCUCCUCCGAGCCCUUCGGUCACCUGGUGGACGACGAUGACCUCAGCGACGGAGAGGACAACCACCAGUACAACAAGAGCAAGGAGCCCCUGCAGGACAGUAUCAUCUCUACCUAUGAGGAGCAUGAGGACAGUGUGUACGCAGUAGAGUGGUCCUCAGCAGACCCAUGGCUCUUUGCCUCUCUCAGCUACGAUGGCAGACUGGUCAUCAACAGGGUCCCCCGUGCACUCAAAUACCAUAUCCUGCUCUAGACAGACUACACACUGGACCGACGACUGGACUCAUCAUAGAGUGACGGAGAAGAGGGCGAGGAAGGAGGAGCGAUGAGGAGGGGAGCCGACCGUGUCCGACACCCGUCAGGGGAGCCACACUCGGCAGACCCUGCACACAAAAUUUCUCUUUCUCUCUUUUUUUCUCACUCUCCAUCCAUCCCUCCCUCUCUCUCUCUCUUUCUUUCUCUCUCUCUCUCUCUCUCUCUCUCUCUCUCUCAUUUUCUUUUUCUCUCCCUCACCCUUUCUACAAAACAACUGAUUACGUUAUACAUUCCCCUUAAUGAUGCAUCUGACUCUAUGUUUGCUAAGACAGAGAAAAUACAAAACUGCCAGUAAUCUAUUCUGUAUAUUGUCAAGUAAAUGCUAUUUAUGUCAA